AUGACAGAAACAAUGGAUGACGGGGAGGUAGAGCUUUCAGAAAAUGUUAAUUUUUUAAAUUUCGAUUCAUCCAUCAAUUUUCAGGGUUCUGCAUCCGCUGAUUCAUUUCUUGAUGAUUUCUUUACAAACACCCGAACAUGCACCCAUACUCACACUUGCAACCCACCAGGCCCUGAUGCGGCUCAUACACAUAUAUGUUAUCACACUCACACCCAAGUUCUUGCAUCUGAAGAAGAUGAUCACCCAGAUAUAAAAAACAGUACCAGCUCAAGACCAAGAAGACCGUCAGGAAACAGAGAAGCAGUUCGGAAGUAUCGGGAGAAAAAGAAGGCUCAUACAGCUUAUCUUGAAGAGGAAGUCAGGAAAUUGCACCUAUUGAACCAACAACUGGUUAGAAAAUUACAAGGGCAAGCAAUUCUCGAAGCAGAGGUUUUGAGAUUGAGAGGUCUUUUGCUAGACCUUAGAGGAAAGAUUGAUAAUGAGUUUGGUGUAUUACCGUACCAAAAGCAGUGUAACAGCAGUAGCCUGUUCAAAGAAGGCGAUUGUGGGUUGCAGUCUGCUGAUGCGGAAAUCGGCCUACAAUGUCAGACUAAUUUACCAUGCUUUCAUCCACAUGACACGUCAUCAUCACAGGCUGGUGUUGGUAGAAGUGGGAAGAUGCUGAUAGCACACGGAGAAAACUGUCAGCCUCCCAUUAUAGAUUGUCAAGCUAGCACAAAUGAGAUGGUGAGUGCUGAAGGACAAGCAAUGGAGACAAUGGAAACCUUGGUGUCACCUGCAGCACAGGCAAAAUAA